CAGUCUGACUCCACCAGAGCAAGAAGGACACACUGCCAGGAAUAAAAUCCAGGACAUUUCAACAAUCCAUCAGAAUGAAAUACACUCAGUAUACAUUCCUGAUGACCCUGAUCUCCAUCCUUGACUACUCUUCGGCUCAGCAGACCUGUGCUGUAGAGUCUUUCACAGUGAAGGCCGACUUUGAUCCCAAGAGGUAUGCCGGUAAAUGGUAUGCUCUGUCCAAAAAAGACCCAGAAGGCUUGUUUCUUCAGGAUAACAUCUCAGCUGAAUACACCAUUGAGGAGGAUGGCACUAUGAUUGCAUCUUCUAAAGGCAGAGUGAAACUUUUUGGAUUCUGGGUGAUCUGCGCUGACAUGGCAGCCCAGUACUCUGUGCCUGACCCCACCACCCCAGCAAAAAUGUUCAUGAACUAUCAAGGCCUGGCAAGCUAUUUGUCAAGUGGAGGUGACAACUACUGGGUGAUUGACACAGACUAUGAUAACUAUGCCAUCACAUAUGCCUGCCGCAGUCUGAAAGAGGAUGGAUCCUGCGAUGAUGGUUAUGCCCUUGUUUUCUCCCGCAAUCCUCGUGGUCUUCCCCCAGCCAUUCAGCGCAUUGUGCGCCAGAAACAGGAGGAAAUCUGCAUGUCUGGCCAGUUUCAGCCUGUGCUACAGACAGGGGCCUGUUAAAUGGAGGGGGAAAACUUUUCCAGUCCUGAGUUGGAGCAGAGGCCCAUCCUCUGCAUCUUGAAGUUGUCUCUCACAUAUAGUUUGGAUUAGAGCCUUCUCUCAAACACGUCUAAGUGGUGUUGUUUCUGUUUUGCUUUUUUGCACCUGGGUGUACCACACACUUGUGUGAAC